CGGCGCGCGCCGGGGACUCGGGGCCCCGCGGCGGCCGGCGCCCAUGGCGCUGAGCAAGGGGCUGCGGCUGCUCGGGCGCCUGGAGGCCGCGGGGGAGAGCAGCGUCCUGCUGGAGGCGCGCGGCCGCCGCGACGGCCUGCUGUUCGAGGCGGGCACGGUGGCCACGCUGGCUCCGGAAGAAAAGGAAGUCAUUAAAGGACAGUAUGGCAAGCUCACGGACGCGUACGGCUGCCUGGGGGAGCUCAGGCUAAAAUCUGGGGGCACAUACCUGAGCUUCCUGGUGUUGGUGACCGGCUGCACGUCUGUGGGCAGGAUUCCAGAUGCUGAAAUCUACAAGAUCACUGCCACCGAGUUCUACCCGCUCCAGGAGGAGGCCAGGGAGGAGGACCGGCUCGCAGCCCUGAGGAAGAUCCUCAACUCGGGGGUGUUCUAUUUCUCGUGCCCCAAUGACGGGUCCACCUUCGACCUGACCGUGCGGACGCAGAAGCAGGGUCAUGGCGGCUCCGAGUGCGGCAGCUCCUUCUUCUGGAACCAGCUGCUGCACGUGCCCUUGAGGCAGCACCAGGUGCGCUGCUGCGACUGGCUGCUGAAGGUGAUCUGCGGGGUGGUGGCCGUCCGCACCGUGUACGCCUCGCACAAGCAGGCCAAGGCCUGCCUCGUCUCCCGCAUCAGCUGCGAGCGCCGCGCCGGCGCCCGCUUCCACACCCGCGGCGUGAACGACGAUGGCUACGUGUCCAACUUCGUGGAGACAGAGCAGACGAUUUACAUGGAUGAUGGAGUGUCGUCUUUUGUCCAGAUCAGAGGCUCCGUUCCACUGUUUUGGGAGCAGCCAGGGCUUCAGGUCGGCUCCCACCAUCUGAGACUGCACAGAGGCCUGGAAGCCAGCGCCCCUGCCUUUGACAGGCACAUGGUGCUUCUGAAGGAGCAGUACGGACAGCAGGUGGUUGUGAACCUGCUGGGAAGCAGAGGUGGAGAGGAGGUGCUCAACAGAGCCUUCAAGAAGCUGCUCUGGGCUUCUUGCCACGUCAGCGACACGCCUAUGAUAAACUUUGACUUCCAUCAGUUUGCCAAAGGCGGGAAGCUCGAGAAAUUGGAGAGCCUGCUGAGGCCCCAGUUACAGCUGCACUGGGAGGAACUGGGCGUGUUCGCGAAGGGCCAGAAUGUAAGUCCACGUUUCCAGAAGGGCACUGUGCGGAUGAACUGUCUUGACUGCCUGGACCGAACCAACACCGUGCAGGGCUUCAUUGCGCUGGAGGUCCUCCACCUGCAGCUCAAGAGCCUGGGGCUGAGCUCAAAGCCCAUCGUCGACCGCUUCGUGGAGUCCUUCAGAGCCAUGUGGUCCCUGAACGGGCACAGCCUGAGCAAAGUGUUCACGGGCAGCAGGGCCCUGGAAGGGAAGGCCAAGGUGGGCAAGCUGAAGGAUGGGGCCCGGUCCGUGUCCCGCACCAUCCAGUCCAACUUCUUCGACGGGGUGAAGCAGGAGGCCAUCAGGCUGCUGCUGGUGGGGGACGUGUGCGGCGAGGAGGCGGCCGACAGAGGGAGGAUGCUGCUGGACAACACGCCCCUGCUGGUGACUCCCAGGAUCCUGAGAGCAAUGACGGAGCGCCAGUCCGAGUUCACGAAUCUCAAACGCGUCCGCAUCGCCAUGGGGACGUGGAACGUGAACGGGGGGAAGCAGUUCCGGAGCAACCUCCUGGGCACGGCGGAGCUGACGGACUGGCUGCUGGACGCGCCCCAGCUGGCCGGCGCCUCGGGGCCCCAGGACGACAGCAGCCCAGCUGACAUAUUUGCUGUGGGGUUUGAAGAGAUGGUGGAGUUGAGUGCAGGGAAUAUCGUCAAUGCCAGCACCACCAACAGGAAGAUGUGGGGUGAGCAGCUCCAGAAAGCCAUCUCACGCUCUCAUAGGUACAUUCUCUUGACUUCGGCACAGCUGGUGGGCGUCUGUCUUUAUAUCUUUGUGCGUCCAUACCAUGUCCCGUUCAUCAGGGACGUGGCGAUCGACACGGUGAAGACGGGCAUGGGCGGGAAGGCGGGCAACAAGGGCGCCGUGGGCAUCCGCUUCCAGUUCCACAGCACCAGCUUCUGCUUCCUGUGCAGCCACCUGACCGCCGGCCAGUCCCAGGUGAAGGAGAGGAACGAGGACUACAGGGAGAUCACGCAGAAGCUCUGCUUCCCCACGGGGAGAAACAUCUUCUCUCACGAUUACGUGUUUUGGUGUGGCGAUUUCAACUACCGCAUCGAUCUUACUUACGAAGAAGUCUUCUAUUUUGUGAAACGCCAAGACUGGAAGAAACUUCUGGAAUUUGAUCAGUUACAGCUACAGAAAUCAAGCGGAAAAAUUUUUAAGGACUUCCACGAAGGAACCAUUAAUUUUGGGCCCACCUACAAGUACGACGUUGGCUCGGCCGCCUACGAUACAAGCGACAAGUGCCGCACCCCGGCCUGGACAGACAGGGUUCUGUGGUGGAGGAAGAAGCAUCCUUUUGAUAAGACAGCUAGAGAACUCGGCCUUGUAAACUGCGAUCUAGACGUUGACACCAGAGGCAGACACACCUGGUCCCCUGGCGCCCUCAGGUAUUACGGCCGCGCGGAGCUGCAAGCGUCUGAUCACAGACCCGUGCUGGCCAUCGUGGAGGUGGAAGUACAAGAAGUCGAUGCAGGUGCUCGAGAGAGGGUUUUCCAGGAAGUGUCCUCUUUCCAGGGCCCCCUGGAUGCCACCGUUGUCGUCAACCUUCAGUCGCCAACCUCAGAAGAGAAAAACCAGUUUCCUGAGGACCUGCGUAUCGAACUCAUGCAGACUCUGGGGAAUUACGGGACGAUUGUCCUUGUCAGGAUCAAACAAGGGCAGAUGCUGGUGACUUUUGCAGACAGCCACUCGGCUCUCAGCGUCCUGGAUGUGGACGGCAUGAAGGUGAAAGGCAGAGCCGUGAAGAUCAGACCAAACACCAAGGACUGGCUGCAAGGCUUGCGUGAGGAGAUCGUUCAGAAGCGGGACAGCAGGGCCCCCGUGUCUCCCACCGCCAACUCCCGCCUGCUGGAGGAAAACUUCGACUUCACGAGUCUGGACUAUGAGUCAGAAGGGGAUAUUUUUGAAGAGGACGAAGACUACUUGGUGGAUGAAUUCGGCCAGCCUGCAGUCUCAGACGGUGAACUGGGGGGAGACGACCUUCCUGGCGCCGUGGGCUCCACGGCAGUGGCUCCUCCCAGCACGUCCCCUGCACUCACCAAAAAGAAGCAGCGUCCCACGUACAGAGAUGACACGGACCUGGUGGAGCUAAAGCAGGAGCUGGACGCAGUCGGGGAUUUCCGCCACCGCUCUCCCAGCAGGUCUCUGUCGGUCCCCAGUAGGCCCCGGCCACCUCACCCACCACAGAGACCCCCCCCUCCAACCGGGUUGCUGGUGAAAAAGUCGGCUUCAGACGCGUCCAUCUCCUCCGGCACCCACGGGCAGUAUUCAAUUUUGCAGACGGCGAAACUCCUGCCGGGAGCCCCGCAGCAACCGCCCAAGGCUAGGACCGGGAUAAGUAAGCCUUACAACGUGAAGCAGAUCAAAACCACCAACGCGCAGGAGGCGGAGGCAGCGAUUCGGUGUCUGCUGGAAGCCAAAGGAGGUGCCCCAGAAGAAGCCCUGCAUGCCAUGGCCUUGAGGGACAAGGGAUCCUCCGCGCUGGAGCCCACAGCAGCGGCGGCCAAGCCGGAGACUCCCCAGGUCCCCCCACUCCUGCCCCGGCGGCCCGCGCCCAGAGUUCCGGCCAUCAAGAAGCCAACCUUGAGAAGGACAGGAAAGCCCCCGUCACCGGAUGAACAGUUUGAGCCGCAGACUGUCCAUUUUACAGUUGGGCCCCUGGAGACAAGCCUCGAGACCCCUCUUCUAGCCACAGUCCCUCGAGUCCCUCCUGUUCCCAAACCAAGAACAUCUCAGCCUGGGAAAGGUGCAGAGAGGAGGCCAGACAGCGGGAAGCCAGCACCAGACGAAGCCCCUCCCAUGGCGGGAGCCAGCGUGCUGCUGCCUCCGGAGGCUCCGUCCCUUGUGCCCAAGGUGCCCCCGAGGAGGAAGAAGUCAGCGCCUGCAGCCUUCCACCUGCAGGUCCUGCAGAGCAACAGCCAGCUUCUCCAGGGUCUCACUUGCAGUGGUGGCGCUGGCGGCAGCGGCUGUCCUUCUGGACUCCAGCCUGAUGUGGGUGAGCUCUUUCCACCAGUGGAUUUUCUUGGCACUUCACCUGCCACAAGCCCCGAAACUGAUGGCACCAAAGUACUGAAGUCAGAGACAGCCUCCCUUCUUGGGGAUUGUCAGGAUCCCUUCUGGAGCCUUCUCCACCAUCCGAAACUAUUGAAUAAUGCCUGGCUCUCCAAGAGCUCUGACCCUUUGGACUCGGGGACCAGGAGCCCCGACAAGGCACACACAGACCCAGUGCAAGUCACUGCUUCAGCUGCUGAGGCGGAGCUGCCACCAGACCAUGGGCAAAAAAACUUCAGUCACUGGGUGACAAUCAGUGACAAAGACAAGAGGACGGUGUUGCAGGUGUUUGACCCACUGGCAAAAACAUGACGGAGCCACUCAGAAGGCCACUCUCUUGUAGAAUGUGUACCUUCUGCCUACUGGCAUUACUUGACUGGGUCAAAAGAGACAUCUAUUUAAAGGCACACUGAGAAAACAUUUGUGCAUCUGUCACUCUUGUGUAGUUUACAAAAAUUAUGUCUCUUAUUCAAUAAGAUUGUUAUUCAGCCACCAAAAUAUGUUUUAUUCAAGACUUACACAUUUUACAUUUCUUCUUAGGGGAAUAGGAAAGUCCUUUUAAAUUCAAUGUGUGGCUUUUAAGAAAGAAAAUCUAACUGUGAUAGGACCCAAGAAGUUCUCUCCCACUGAAUUCUAAAUGAUUGUUCGACAUGUGUGUGUACGUAGUGGGGAUUUUUUCUUUUAUUUGUAUUUUGUAUAUUUGAAAUAACUUUUUGGUGAGCCACUUGAAGGUUAAUACAUAAAAUAAGGAUUACAUUGAAAGGGAAGUGGUAGCUGUCCUGGCCCACUUAAACAAGGUUAAAAAAAACUAGGGAUGGAAGCAGCAAAUAGGUCAACCAAACCACUAGACUAUACAUUCCCAGGAGCCCUGUGUUUAACUAUGUACAUGUACGUUAGGCUUCAUUAUGUGUGAAUCCCGUGGGAGUUGGUGUCAUAGAGUUUAGGUUCUAAAGUAUAUACCAGUAGCUUACCCUCAGCGUAAACUAGCCGAAGAUUCCCGUCCCGAGUCUUAGACAUUGCAUGCCCUGUCAAUUGCCACAGUCUUACGCCAUGCUGUGCUACUUAAACCAAUUUUUAUCUACCAUCUAGUCCUUAUUAAAUGAAACUUCAAGGAUUCUUUUUCCCAUUAUAUUCUAUACCCCACAAAAGCACAAAGCGUGAAAACACGUGCUGGCACAUGGCAUUGAUUCUCAUUGUUAGAAUGUGAAGAAUGUUGGUUUUAGCCUGGUCUGCCUGGCUGUAGCUUCAGGAAGGAAAGUAGCACAUGUCCCUGUAUACAGGACCCCCCCCCCUUGCCCCAGGGAAGCAUUUCUGGAUUUGCUUGUCCAUGUGUUUGUUCAGUUUAUUUUUUUGCUUAUAUAAUUUUCCUGCAUGUUUUCAGCACCACUUCUCACCUAUUCAGUAAUUGAAAAAGACAUUACCAUACUGUUUUAUAUUUUAAAAGUAGUAUUAUAAGGUCUGGAAUCCACUUGGAGCUGAAUUCUUUUUGCUAAUGAGUUCACUAGUAAGAUCUCAUCGUACCACCUGCCACCUUUAGGAGUCUUUCAUGUCCGAGAAUUGUACAGCAGUGAUACCGUGUUACCCCUCACUGGGAAAUCCUGUCCUAAGUGCUGAGGUUAGGAUGGGGUAAGGAUCAUCUUGCCUGGGAUAGACCACUUUCUCAUCACCAAUGAGACCUCCGGGACUUCAGAAUUAGUUUUCACUGUCACUGUCAACAUAUAUUGCAGAUUACUUAAAUCUGGGACUCAAAAACAAAACUACAUGUAGCUUUCAUCUGAAAACUGAUAAAAGAAAAAUGAAUCAGUGACCCACUGAACUAAACAGAUAAUAUGCAUGGUUGACCAGUCAUAAAUGACAAUAUUUAGGUGAUCAGGAUGCUUUCAGUGACACUUAAGUACUUUAUAUAACUUUUCACCUCUAACAAACACAAGAAGUAAAUAACAUAAUCCUUGAAACAGUCAGGGAAAGAAAGUAAGGUGAGCUUCUUGGAGAAGUUAAAUGAUUUGCCAGGAUGCGCAUUGCUACUAACAGGUGUAAUUAGAGAUGAAAUUGAAGAAUUCUUUGUUCAAAAUGCUCUUUUCCCUGUAACCUCUUUUCCCACCAAAAAGGAGCUGAAUUUGAAAGCAGAUAUAUGUAACAACCAAUCAGAAAAGCAGGAGA